AAUACUUCCUAAUUUCAAAAAUUCACGAACAUUCGCGAUGUGAUAAAUUUCAAAAGUAUAUAAUGAGAUUGGUUUCAUCAUUAAUACGCAGUAAUAAAUUUGAUUCUGAUUCGUUCACAUCGCGAGAUAAAGUUUGAGACGGUUUUGCUAUUACAACCAGUGGAGAUGAUUUCUAGAAAAGCAGUUUAUUUAUUCCUGUGUUCCACAGUAUUUAUUCAACACCAAAGCUGUUCUCCUGUGCCCACCAAUCGGAAAAUCCGGAACGAUGUGCGCCGGAAGUCUGUAGAUCAAUCCGAUGAAGGACUCCUCUCGUCUACUGAGGCUACUAAGCCAACGACGACACCAGAUAGCCCUCGUUUAUCGUCAGAUGAUUCGUCAACGGUACCAUCAACUGUGUCGACAAGGACACCUACCACUGCUUCGGAUUACGAUUACGACACAAAGAUAGUCAAAUUCGUGGAGAUUUUCAAAGUCACAGAUGAAGAACAUGCUAAAGUGAAACGUGAUACCGCACCCAGGAAUAUGGUCGAUCCCGGACGACAGCCUUUCAAGCCAGAGUCCGGAGGCGGAGAUGAUCUUGAGCUGGCUGAAACACAUCUCUUUAGGCCUUUGUUCAAGUAUCAGUCCGUGAAUGCCCAGCGGCAACACAUAAGGCGGCAGUCUUCCAGUACUACCACGCAAAGAACAUAACGGUACGCAUAUUUUUCGCAUAGGUUUAGGCAAAUAAAUAUCAGCUUUUGUAAAAAAAAAAUAUAA